AUGGACAAGAAGGCCCGGUCCAAGCCUAUGUCUGAGAUUGUCAAGCGGCUGCUGGAGUAUGGAGAGUUUGAGGUCAACAUUUUCGGAGACGACACGAUUUUAAACAAGACUGUGGACGAAUGGCCUGACUGCGACAGCCUGUUAUCCUGGCACUCGGAGGGCUUUCCAAUCAAGAAAGCAGCACUGUACGCAGCAGAGAGGAAGCCUUUCCUCAUCAACGACUUGUCCAAGCAACAUCUGCUUCUGGACCGCAGAAAAGUGUAUGGCAUUCUGAAGGAAGCAGGUAUUCCUGUUCCCAAUCAUAUCAUCAUCAGCCGUGAUGCUGAUGGCAAGGAUCCAGGGGGCCUUAUUGAAAAGGAGGAUUACAUAGAGUUUGAGGGAAUGACGAUCCACAAGCCUUUUGUUGAAAAGCCAGCAAGCGGGGAAGAUCACAACAUCUACAUUUACUACCCAGCACACAUGGGCGGAGGUGUGAAGAAGCUGUACAGGAAGAUCAACAACAAGUCUGCCGACUAUGAAUGGAAUCACCCGGGCACAAUAAGAAGAAAUGGAUCGUACAUCUAUGAGGAGUUUUUGACAACAGGGGGCACAGAUGUAAAAGUUUACACGGUGGGUACGAGGUAUGCACAUGCAGAGGCCCGAAAGUCACCUGUCGUGGAUGGAAAGGUGGUCAGGACGAGGGAAGGAAAAGAGGUCCGAUUUCCUGUGCUCCUGAGCCCCCAAGAGAAGGAGAUUGCCCGCAUGAUUACAUUUGCGUUUGGCCAAAAGGUUUGUGGUUUCGACCUGCUGAGGUCCGGUAAUGGCAGGUCUUAUGUCUGCGACGUCAACGGCUGGAGUUUUGUGAAGAGCUCACAUAAAUACUACGACGAUGCUGCUGGAAUCUUGAGAGGCAUGAUUCUUGCUGCCAUCGCUCCACAUCGGCUCUCAGCAAACAUCCCCCGAUUGCCACACUUGCGGGCGCAGCAGAUGGCUGACACCAACAUUGAAGACCACCUUAGACUGUCAUCUUCAUUCGAUGACCUCAUCCCACAAGCUGCUUAUCAGGAUGCGGAUGGGCAGGGGGAGGAUGACAAGUACCAAUGGGAGGAGCUUCGCUGCGUUCUGGCCAUCGUCAGGCAUGGUGACAGGACACCAAAGCAGAAAAUGAAAAUGAAGGUUUCUCAGGCACCCUUUUUGGAGCUGUACGAGAGACACAAGGACAAGAAGGGCAAAGAAGCAAAGCUGAAGAGUCCAAAGCAACUCCAGGAAUUACUGGACAUCACUCGAGACCUGCUGCAUGAGAUGUCAGUUUAUUCAUCAGACGAUGGGAUGGGAGGCGGCGUUGAUGAAAAGGGCUAUGAGACCAGGGGCAGUGAGGUCAUGGUGUCUGAGUGCAAUGAAGUUCGGGAGAAGUUCCAAAUUCUCAUAAAUGUCUUGGAGGCUGGUGGCCAUUUCGCUGGCAUCAAUCGGAAGGUCCAGCUCAAGCCACUAUCAUGGUCGCUACCGAGCGGGAAUGAAGACAGCGAACGCAAGGUGGAAGAAGUGUUGCUGAUUCUCAAGCAUGGUGGCGUGCUGACACACGCGGGCCGCCGGCAAAGCGAGGACCUUGGAAAAUACUUCAGGACAGCAAUGUACCCCAGCAAGUACGACAAUGGACUCCUGCGGCUACACAGCACAUAUCGGCACGACCUAAAGAUCUACUCAUCAGACGAAGGCAGGGUUCAAGCAUCUGCUGCAGCGUUCACCAAGGGACUUCUGGAUUUGGAGGGCAGUUCCUUGACCCCCAUCCUGGCAAGUCUUGUCAAGAAGGAGGCUGGCAUGCUGGACGCCUGUGACAAGGCAGCAGAUGACAUUCAGCGUGCAAAAUUGGCCCUGUACGAGCCAAUGACAAAGGAUGAGGACAUCAAAUCGGCUGCAUUCACUCGGCCCCCAGUUGCCUCUCCUAGGCCCUCGCACCCUCGUUCACCAGUACCACCUGUGAUCACAGGGAAUUAUGGGGCUGACAACCCCUUUUACACAAGCAAGGAAGCCCCACCACGAGCCAAAGGAGAUAUACAGGGCCUGCCACCAAGCCCGUUGAAGCUGCUUUACAAGUUGGUUAGCGAUUUGCAGGACUUGAUGGAUCAGCUGUAUCAAAAGUGCAAGGCAGAAGGGUGCAUGACUCGUGGCAACGCUGUCUACAGCAGCCUGUCCCAAGAUCCCAGUGCGUGGGUGUUUGAGCCAAACAAGCCUUGCUGUGGGGAAAGGCCCCUGCUGCUCUAUGACCGCUGGAGGAAGCUCUCAAGAUCUUUCUACAAUAGGACAAGGGACUCUUUCGACAUUAGCAAAGUGCCUGACAUCUAUGACUCUGUCAAAUAUGAUGCCAUCCACAAUCAGCAUCUGGACCUCAAGCUGGAGGAGCUGUAUGAGACUGCUCGUGCACUGGCGGUCGGCGUCGUCCCAAAUGAAUAUGGCGUGCUGCCAGAGGAGAAGCUGCGGAUUGGGUCUCAAAUAUCAUCUCUGCUGCUCGGCAAGCUUCUUGCCGACCUGGGAAACACACGAGAGGAGAGCAGAGCAACUGCCAACAUGUUCUUCAAUCCAAGAAAGCGAGAUGGCGCGGGCGGCUUGUUUGACGCCGAGCUUGGGGCGUAUGGCUUUGAAGACCACCCAAUGAACCUUCCCAACAUUUACAGCAAGUGGACCAAGGAUGAUGCUGGCUCUGAAGAAGAUAAUGAUGGGGAAAAUCAGGAGACAGACUCCAGUCUGCACCGGCUGUGCCCCUCGUAUGCUGUGAACAUCAACUCGCCAAUGCGGCACGUGCGCACUCGUGUGUACUUUACAUCUGAGAGCCACAUCCAUGCAUUGGUUAACGUCCUGAGGUACUGCCACUCCGGGCUUGACGACGCACAGCCGCUGGUCUGUGAGAGUGGGCUGAAUAUCCUGACCAACACGCCAGAGCUUGACUACCUGUCUCACAUCGUCUUCAGAAUGUAUGAGAAUCAACAGGUCCCUUUCAACGACCCCAAGCGGUUCCGGGUCGAAAUCCUGUUCAGCCCAGGUGCGGCGUACAACCCCUUCGAAGUGAUGCCCCUCAGGAGGGACCACACCCUGCCAGUGCAGCCUCGCGUGGAGCUCCACCAGGCCAACGGCACUACGCUGAGCGAACUGGAGAGGCUUGUCACUCGCUUCUCCACCCCCAGAAAACUCCAGGCCCCUGGCAUCAACUGCCUGCCUGUCAACGGCUCCAGCAGUGUGGGCACCAGCGCCUCCACCAGUCUGCCCACAGCCUUCCAGUAUGGGGGCCUGCGCAAGCCAUCUCCCAGGGACGAUAAACCCAACGCAUUACUGACAGAAUGA